CUGAGUGUCAUCAGUUGUUUUUGUUUCACUAGGCACUUGAGAUAUGACCGACUGUCCCAGUUUUUAAUGUUUAAUGUUUUAGACUUUGCUGGGUCGCAUCAAGACAUUUUCAAAACGUGAUACCGCGUUUGUUCAAUGGGUGCCGUUGAAAGCACCGAAGGGGAAAGAGAACCUUUGCUGGUUCCAGCCCAGCCAGCGAUAAACACAUCGCCGGUGUUCAGCAGGGUGUACGGGAGAAGAUGGUUUGUUCUCACCAUGUUUUCACUGCUGGGUUUCAUGCAAGGGCUGGUGUGGAACACCUGGGGACCUAUCCAGAACUCAGCCAAACAUGUUUUCCAGUUCUCCUCGACAGAUAUCGCAGUGCUGGUGCUGUGGGGUCCAGUGGGGUACCUUCCUUGGCUACUGUUUAUGUGGCUGAUGGAUAAGAAAGGUUUGCGAGCGUCUCUGCUGCUGUCAGCGUUCUUCAUGGUGCUGGGCACAGUGUUAAGAUGUGUACCCCUCAAAGACCUGCAGUAUAGACGUUGGUUAAUUCAUGGAGGGCAACUUCUAAAUGGUUUAGCUGGUCCUACCAUUAUGAGUGCUGGUCCUCUGCUCUCUACUACUUGGUUUGCUCCUGAUCAAAGGGCCACGGCCACUGCUAUUGCUUCACUGGUCAGCUACCUGGGGUCAGCAUGUGCCUUUCUGAUUGGUCCACUGGCCGUCCCUGCACCCAAUGAUACCCAGAUAGUGGGCACCGCCAUCCACUGGGACCAAAACCACAUCAGAGACAGGAUACAGUUUGUCCUUUAUGCAGAGUUCGGGAUGAUUGCGGCACUUUUCGUGGCUGUGCUGUUCUACUUCCCCUCACGGCCGCCCAUCCCUCCCAGUGUGGCAGCGGCCAGCCAGCGUCUUAGCUACAGGAGCAGCAUCUGCAGACUGUUCAGCAACAUGCGGUUCCUAAUGAUAGCGCUUGCCUACUCUGUGCCCACUGGGGUUGCUGCCGGCUGGGCCGGUGUGCUGGACAUGAUUCUAACACCUGCCAAAGUCAGCCAGCUGGACGCUGGCUGGAUUGGAUUCUGGUCCGUUGUUGGAGGCUGUGUGUUUGGUGUGGCUAUGGCAAGGUUUGCCGACUCUAUUCGAGGGAUGCUGAAGCUUAUUUUAGUGCUAAUGUUUGCCGGAGCAUCCCUGGCAGCCACCUGGUUCACCCUCACCUGCCUGACCAGGCUCACUCACCUGCCCUCCACUAAAGCCACUCUCUACACCUCCUGUAUCCUGCUGGGUAUCUUCAUCAAUAGUAGCGUGCCCAUCUUCUUGGAACUGUGCAUUGAGACGGUUUACCCUGUGCCCGAGGGCAUCACCUGUGGAGUGGUCACCUUCCUCAGCAACCUCUUCACUGGACUUUUACUGUUUUGCCUCAUCUUUUACUUCACGGAGCUGUCCUGGUUGAACUGGUGUCUGACAGGUUCCUGCGUCUUCAGUCUCCUCCUCCUCCUCCUCUUCAGGGAAUCAUAUGACCGACUCUAUUUGGAUGUCUUUGUGUCUGUCUGAGCACACAGAGUGAGCUUUUUAAACAGAAAGAAAGACUGAAAUCUUUUUGCUAACUCUAUUACAAAAAGAGUACAGAGAGGACCCUCAAAAUGUUGCUCACUUUUGUGUAUGUGUGUGUUUUUUAUAUUAGUACUGUGCAAAAGUCUCAGGCACAUAAGAUUUUUCACAAAAACAUUUGUCUUAAGAUGGUUAUUUAUAUCUUUAGCUGUAGUGUGUCAAUAGGAAAAAUAUAUUUUAUACUCCCAAACAUUCCUUUUGCAAAUAGAAUAGAAUAGAAGAACAGGGAGCCCUGCAACAGAUGGCAUGGCCAUCACAGAGCCCCCACUGAACACCGGGUCAGUCUGGGAUUACACGAAGAGACAGAAAUAAUUGAAAUAAAUAAAAGAACUAUGGCGAAUUCAACAUCCUAUCUGCCAACAACCAAGAAAAACUGUGUCCAGGUGUCCCUAGGAGAAUUGGUGCUGUUUUGAAGGCAAAAGUGGUCACACCGAAUAUUGAUUUAGCUCUUUUUCUGUUUACUGGACUUUGUAUGACGCUAAUUGAUUAAUGAAAACUAAUUGUCAUUAUUUUUUUAAGAAAUCCUCACUUUUUUCACAAGUGCCUAAAACUUUUGCACAGUACUGUAUAUGAUGUAGAAUUGUGAAUUCUUUUUUUUUUUUUUUUUUUUGACCGGCAGUGGUGAUAUUGUGCAUUGUGUUAACUUCAUAACUAACAGUGGGAACUGAGACCUGACUAAAGUAUAGACAUGUAGAUAUUUACCUUUGUACUUGACAUUUUGCCUUCUGAUUGGAUCCCUUUUAUAUAUAUUUAAUUCAUAAAAUGCAUUUUUAUUUUUAUUUAUUUUUUUGUCUAAGUUUUUACCUUUUUUUAAAUGGUCAGAGAUCAUUGUGUUUACGUGCUGUCAAAUUGUGAGGGACAUUUAAUUACUCGCAUAUACUGGCAAAUGUUGAUAUACUCAUGGAUUUGGUAGUGCCCUCUGGUGAUGAUUCCUCUAUUGCUCUCACGACAUCUAAUAUGAGCAUAUUGGAUAAUUAUAGACAAGCUGAAUUAGUCGCCUGCCGCAAGCAACUUCGGCCUUACCACAACGGAUACUUUUAGUGCUGUGGUGUUGCUUGUGAAUAGCCUGUUGGAUGAUAGGGAUGUCAAUAAGUGGCAUACGCUGAGUAUCCUUCAAUCUUCUUGUUUUCCUUAUCAACCCAUAUUAUGCAAAGGUUAAUUCACCCUUUUGCGCUCUUCAUCCUGUGGUAUUUAGCUAAUAGGCUAGUGAGUAUAAAAUAGUAUAGAUUGCAGUGAUUGGACCAGUCCUUAGACUUUUAUGCUUGGUCUGAUUGCAUGGCAGGUUACCUCAAGGCUUCUUUGAGAUCUUAGGUUAGCUGAUGUGAGAUCUGUCAUAUUCACAAAUGUUAAGGUAGCGGUUUGUGUUUGUCACAUUCUUGUGACUUUACGGUUCUGCUUAUACUGUAGCUGUAGCAUGCACAAAUUGGGUGUCUGUUACACAAGCGUUUCUGCACUUUUACCAUUUACAGAUGUAAAUCCUGCAAAAAGAAAAGCAUCUUAAACUGACCUAAAAUGGUUUCCUGGUCUUAGCUGGUCUUUGCUGGUUUUAGAGGGAUUUUGGAUGCUUUUCAGCAGGUCAAGCUGGAAGAACAGCUGGCCAACCAGUUUAACCAGCUGAGCACCAGCUGUGAGAUCAGCUAAGACCAGCAAGCAAGCUGAGGCUGGAACACCUUAAACCAGCCUAAGAUGGUUUGUUGGUCUUAGCUGGUCUCGCUGCUGGUGCUCAGCUGAUUUAUCUGGUUGGCCAAAGACCAGCAAACCAUCUUGGGCUGGUUUAAGCUGUUUUUUUUUUUGUUUUGUUUUUUUUUUUGUUUUUUUUUUCUAGCAAAGAAAAUAUUUUAUGCAAUCAAACAUGUUUUAAGGGGAUAUAAAUGUAAUUUAUUGACAUAUCUUACAUUAGCACAUUUUAGGGAUUGAUACACUAAUAAUGACACUAAGGGAUUGUUAACGUUUUUUUAUGCGUGAAUACUAUUACAGAAGAGCGUUUUAAACAUGGCAUUAUGGGCUGCUGGAACAGUUAAACACUAUUCGCCAGCAAUAAUUUCCAUGUAAUGUAGCUUUUUGUGAUUUAUGGCAUAACCUCAUGCAACAAAAAGUGCAGCACUUCCUUUUAAUUUUAAAAUGCAGCCUGACCUUGAACCCAGUUUAUUCUUUAUUAUUAUUAGGAGGUAAUAUUACUAGUUUCCAUAUGCUGGUGGUCUUCUGUCUCUCCCAGCAUCACCAUGAGCCCUUAAAAAUGAACCCCAUCUGAAUCUGGUCUAUUUCACCAUAUUAUCUGCAUGCAACUCAGCCGGGGAAGAUUAAAUGUGUAAUUUGUGGCUUGCGACAAAUGGAUAUCUGGUGUUGGAUUUAGUGUGGAUGAUCAUCUAGGAUCAGGCCAAAAGUUAUUUAUUGUUAUCCAUGAUAGAAAGAAAAUACAUUUUAUGGACACUAAUUCAUUUCAGCCCUGUAUUUCCACAGCUUUGCAUCAUAGAACUUUGGAAACCUGGUUCUGUUCUGAUCUGGGGAAAAGCCUGCAUGUGAAUCACUUCUCCUGUCCCUGUACAGAAGUCUUCUCUCUCUUAUUUGUCGUUGAUGUUGCCUUAAUUAACAGUGACCUUUGUUCUGUCCUCCUCUCUACUGUGAUGUGUGUACAGUGUGGCAGUCGGUGCUUGUGCUCUGUUCUGUCAUUAGAAUAUUAAUCGUAAUUGGUAUACGUGGCCCCAUUCUUGUGCAAAUUUGUGUCAAAGAUUUUUA